GAGUUUAGUGAGAGCGGUUCUGGUCUAUCUUCGUACGAGAAAAGACAUAUCGCCAACAUCCAGAAAUGGGACAACAUAAGAAGACAGUUGUUUGAUUCUUAUGUGGAGGAAUGCUGUUUUCUGACUGACACAACAUGUGUUUACUGCCUCCAAGAACCAGCAACACUGCGAUGUCAAUAUUGUGGCCCCAAGCAGUACUUCUGCCUUGAAUGUGCUAAUAUUUUGCACAGUGUGAGGAACCAUUUUCAUGUUUUGGAAAAAUGGAAGGAGGGGAUGUUCACCCCUUAUGUGGUCAACGGAUUACCAUUAGGUUUCCAAUGCAACUGUGGAUCUGCUGAAGCAAGAGACAUUGUGUGUAUUGAUGAGCACGUUUGGUUUUGUAACUGCUAUCACCCAACCACAACACUAAUAAAGAACAACUUGUGGCCAGCAUCUCCUGAUAAACCUGCCACAGCCUUCACAUUUUAUUUAAUGGAUCUGAUGGAAACAGUGUUCUUGCACUGCAAAGUUUCCCUCAGAGAAUUUUGUGAAGCCGUUGAACUGUUAAGGCCCUCGUUACAACCAAGAAUGGACUGCAGCUCAUUUCAUGCUGGUGAACUUGCAAGCUCCAUUAGAUCAAAAGGAAAGAAUAAACUUUUUGAUGAGAAAGGAGUCUUUGGUCGUGUCUGCAGACAUGACUUCCCCAAAGGAUUUCAUAGCAUCAAACAUGGUGAAAGGAUUGGUUAUCCACUUUACGAGGUUAAGCGCUUUCUUGACGAGAACAAUAAAAGUCUAAAGUUUGUCAUGCUCUAUGACAUUGCAUGCAUAUUGUCCUCACAUAUGAAGAAAAAUGCACAAGAAUUACUGUUCAACCCAACCCAGUUGACCUUGGGUAUACCAAUUUUUCACUGUUAUGGUCACAAAGCUUCAUGUCAGAUCAAGUAUUCACCAAGACGUAUUGAUGGAAUUGGUCUCACAGAUGGUGAGGGUACUGAGAGGCUUUGGGCUUUCCUUCGUGACUAUUCUAGGAUAACAAAGGAAAUGGCAGCAGAUAAAAGAAUUGAUGUCCUUACUGAUGGUCUUUUGCACUACGGAGAUCAACUCCGUGAAAAGUUUGGACCUUCGUUGAAGAGAAAGUUUAGACGAAGUAAAGAAAUUCUCCAAAACUCAACUGAAAAAAUUGAUUCCCUGUGCAAGUCUUUGUCAGGCAUGUAUAAUAUAGCAAAGUGA